AUGUCACGAUUGAUACCUGGUGAAACCAAGCCUUAUGAUGCUGAUGUCGAAAACGGAUGUAUAUUGAGGGUGGACUACGUGACGUGCGGUAUCUUAGAAGCUGGUGCGUAUGGGGCUGGUGUUGAGGAUAAAUAUGCACUGACCACACACUGCGUGCUCUUCGGUAUGUUAGCGGCCGGUGCGUAUGGGGCUGGUGUCGAUGAUGGAUGUGCACUGACCACAUACUGCCUACUGUUCGGUAUAUUAGCCAGUGCGUAUGGGUCUGGUGUCGAUGAUGGAUAUGCACUGACAACACACCGCGUGCUGUUGGGUUUAUUAGCUGGUGCGUAUGGGGCUGGUGUCGAGGAUAGAUAUGCACUGACCACACACUGCGUGCUGUUCGGUAUAUUAGAAUGUGCGUACGGGGCUGGUGUCGAGGAUGAAUGUGCACUGACCACACACUGCGUGCUAUCCGGUAUAUUAGUGGGUGCGUAUGGAGCUGGUGUCGAGGAUGGAUGUGCACUGACCAUACACUGCGUGCUGUUCGGUAUGUCAGGAUGCGGUACGUAUGGGGCUGGUGUGGAAAAUGGAUAUACACUGACCACACACUACGUGCUGUUCGGUAUAUUAGCCGGUGCGUAUGGGGCUGGUGUCGAGGAUAGAUAUGCACUGACCACACACUGCGUGCUGUUCGGUAUAUCAGGAUCGGGUGCGUGUGGGGCUGGUGUCGAGGAUGGAUAUGCACUAACCACACACUGCCUGCUGUUUGGUAUGUUAGCUGCUGGUGCGUAUGGGGCUGGUGUCGAGGAUGGAUAUACGCUGACCACACAUUGCGCACUGUUCGGUAUGUCAGCGGGUGCGUAUGGGGCUAGUGUCGAGGAUGGAUAUGCACUGACCACACACUGCGUGCUGUUUGGUAUAUCAGGAUUCAGUGCGUAUGGAGCUGGUGUUGAGGAUGGAUGUGCACUGACCACACACUGCGUACUCUUUGGUAUAUCAGUGGCCGGUGUGUAUGGGGCUAGUGUCGAGGAUGAGAUCUUACUAAUGAAGAACUGCGCGCUGUUUGGUAUAUCAGUCGCGGGUGCGUACGGGGCUGGUGUCGAGGAUGGAUGUGCACUGACCACACACUGCGUACUCUUUGGUAUACCAGUGGGUGCGUAUGGGGCUAGAGUUGAGGAUGGAUAUGCACUGACCACACACUGCCUGCUGUUUGGUGUGUCAGGAUUGGGUGUGUAUGGGGCUGGUGUCGAGAAAGGAUAUGCACUGACCACACACUGCCUGCUGUUCGUUAUGUUAGCGGGUGCGUAUGGGGCUGGUGUUGAGGAUGGAUAUACAUUGACCAGAUACCGCGUGCUCUUUGGUAUGUCAGGAUGUGCGUAUGGGGCUGGUGUCAAGGAUAGAUAUGCACUGAUCACAUACUGCGUGCUCUUCGGUAUGUUAGCGGUGGGUGCGUAUGGGGCUGGUGUCGAGGAUAGAUAUGCACUGACCACACACUGCGUGCUGUUCGGUAUGUCAGCGGGUGCGUAUGGGGCUGGUGUCAAGGAUGGAUAUGCACUGACUACACACUGCCUGCUGUUUGGUAUAUCAGUAUGUGCGUAUGGGGCUGGUGUCGAGGAUGGAUAUGCACUGACCACACACUGCGUGCUGUUUGGCAUAUCAGGAUCGGGUGCGUAUGGGGCUGGUGUCGAGGAUAGAUAUGCACUGACCACACACUGCUUGCUGUUCGGUAUAUCAGUUGGUGCGUAUGGGGCUGGUGUCGAGGAUGGAUAUGCACUGACCACACACUGCGUGCUCUUUGGUAUAUCAGGGUUAUGUGCGUAUGGGGCUGGUGUCGAGGUUGGAUAUGCACUGACCACCCACUGCCUGCUGUUCGAUAUAUCAGGAUGUGCGUAUGGGGCUGGUUUCGAGGAUGGAUAUGCACUGACCACAUACUGCGUGCUCUUCGGUAUGCUAGCCGGCGGUGCGUAUGGGGCUGGUGUCGAGGAUGGAUAUGCACUGACCACACACUGCGUGUUGUUCGGUAUGUUAGCGGGUGCGUAUGGGGUUCGUGUCGAUGAUGGAUAUGCACUGACCACACACUGCCUUCUGUUUGACGGUGCGUAUGGAGCUGAUGUGGAGGAUGAAUAUGCAUUGACCACAAACUGGGUGCUGUUUGGUAUGUUAGCGGGUGCGUACGGGGUUGGUGUCGAGGAAGGAUAUACACUGACCACACACUGCUGCUUCGGUAUGUUAGGAACGGGUGAGUAUGGGGCUGGUGUCGAGGAUAGAUAUACACCAACCACACACUGGGUACUUUUCGGUAUAUCAGGGUUAUGUGCGUAUGAGGCUGGUGUCGAGGAUGAGUAUGCACUGACUACACGCUGUAUCGUUCCAUACCUCAGGCCAAUUCUUCAAACUCAACUUGAGGCUGCAAAUUCCUCUAUGCAUGAGGCAAUUUUGGGUUGGUUAGCUACAGGUAUGAGUGAUGGAUGGAAGAACAUUAAACGGAACGCAUUAAUUGCGUCUAUGCUCUCUGUUGAUUACAAGACUUAUACUGUUCAAGUGCACAAUCUAUCAGCGCAACACAAGACAGCCAACAACCACUUGAAGCUGGUACUCAAUGAUAUAGACAGUGCUGAGAAGGAGCACAAUGUCCGUAUCAUUGCCUGGGUGUCUGAUGCGGGAGGCAACUCACGAGCCAUGCAAGUCCGACUCCAUUGCUUACGCCCUCAUAUUUUGGUUUUUGACUGUUGGGCACACCAGAUUAACCUUAUAGUUGGCGAUAUCAUGGGCCUAACCUCACGGCUUGUUGAUACAGCAGAUGCCGCAAUUGAUAUCAUUAAGUGGAUGCUCAAUCACUCUUAUUUACUUGGACUCUUCCAUCAGGAGCAGGCGCGGGAUGGCAGGAAGCCUUGUAGUCUCACUCUCCCUGUUCUCACUCAAUGGACUUCUCACUUCCUUUUGUUCCGCAGCCUACUGUCUGAGUCCCAAUCACUUUGUGCCAUUGCCGCACGUAACCCUGAGGAGUUUUGGGCAAGUGCGGGACGCUCCCCUGAGACAAUUGAGCAAGCCAACACUGUCUUGAAGAACAUUGAUGAUCCUGAAUUUUGGCAUAGAUUGGGCAAGCUCAAGCUAUACCUAGAGCCACUUGCAAUCGCUGCAAAUGUCUCUCAGGCCGCAACUACUAGGCUGGAUCAUAUUCUGGUCGAACUUGGGCGGUUGUAUUACACAUUUUUGCACCUUGGGUUCAAUCCAAAGCAACUAUUCAGCAAGAUGGGACACAUCCACACAAAACGGCGCAAUCAACUGGGAUACCAGAAGGUAUUUGACACUGCAGUUGUGCGUAUGGACCUCAAACGCAAGCACGCAGAUGAAGGACAGACGCGCUCAAGGCUGAAGCGUCAAUUUGGCUCUCCAGCCCUUGACUCAGUGAUUUCAAGGGCCAAUAACCAGCCCGACAAACUUGCAGAGUCAAUUGCUGACGUCGAUAUAACCGAGGAGGGUUUAGCCACCUCUAGUGUGCGCUCACUUGCAAUGCAACUUCGUCAAGAUGUACUCAAUGACAAAGACCCAUUAGACAAUGAGUUCAAAGACUCUUGCACAACAAACUCCACACCACCCACCAAUACGCUCCCGAAAAAGUCUCCCAUCUCACUACGUGAUCUAUUUGAUUACUCCCGUAGUACCGGGUCCAAAGCGCACGGACUGGAUGUUUUCAAGUCCAACGGAUUGGACAAUCUCAAAGCAGAGCUUGAGCUCUACGGGCUGGUCACUCGGGACGUGCAACAAACCCUACAAAUUGACGAUUCGGCCGCAUAA